CUGGAUCUGGGCAUGCUCAGUAGCCCAGGCAGGUUUGUGGUCGCAAGUGCGGCAUGUCCCCUGUCCCACACCUCUGUUAGCUGCCUGGCCCCAGCCCGGGCCCAAGCCCCCAGUUUCCCCAGACUUAACCCUUGCUACAUUUCGGGCAACAACUGUGGCCCGCUUUGUGGGGUGGGGGUAGGGGUCAGUGAGCCGCGUGACCUCCCCCAUCCCACUUCGGAGUCUCACUCCAGGCUCCAGCCCACGGCCCUGACACACAGGUAGGCUGGGCCAGUGCGAAGCCUCUGGGAUCCUCAGAACUCAACCACUGCUACCUAAGGACCCCUUGCUUUGCAGAAGUGCCUCUGCUUCUCCUUGGACUGUGGGGCGAUCGAGCUGUCACCGAGGACGGAAGAAAGGAAGGAAGGAGAAAGAUUCUUUAUCUUUAUUCAGAAGCAUAAAGUUGUUUGCUGAAUGCAAGAAGAUGUUGCUUUGGCUCUUUCUGGUUUUGUCUACCCCUAUUUCUGCUUCGACAAAUGCAGAGUCUGACCCUUCGGUGGAAAUUUGCAAUGUGUGUUCCUGUGUGUCAGUGGAGAACGUGCUCUAUGUCAACUGUGAGAAGGUUUCUGUCUUCAGACCAAAUCAGUUGAAACCACCCUGGUCAAAUUUUUACCACCUCAAUUUUCAAAAUAAUCUGUUAAUUGUCCUCUACCCCAAUACAUUUCUCAAUUUUUCACAUGCAGUCUCCCUGCAGCUGGGGAAUAAUAAAUUGCAGAACAUUGAGGGAGGAGCCUUCCUGGGGCUCAGUGCAUUAAAACAGUUGCACUUGAAUAACAAUGAAUUAAAGGUUCUCAGAGCUGACACUUUCCUUGGCAUAGAGAACUUGGAGUAUCUCCAGGCCGACUACAAUUUAAUCAAGUAUAUUGAACGGGGAGCCUUCAAUAAACUCCAUAAACUGAAAGUACUCAUUCUGAACGACAAUCUGAUUUCGUUCCUUCCCGAUAAUAUUUUCCGAUUUGCAUCUUUGACCCAUCUGGAUAUCCGUGGCAAUCGAAUACAGAAGCUGCCCUACAUUGGUGUGCUGGAACACAUUGGCCGUGUGGUUGAAUUACAACUUGAAGAUAACCCUUGGAAUUGCAGUUGUGAUUUGCUGCCUUUGAAAGCAUGGCUGGAGAACAUGCCAUAUAACAUCUACAUAGGCGAAGCUAUCUGUGAAACACCCAGUGACUUGUAUGGGAGACUUUUGAAAGAAACCAAUAAACAAGAAUUGUGCUCCAUGGGAACUGGAAGUGAUUUUGAUGUUCGGGUCCUGCCGCCCUCUCAGCUGGAAAAUGGCUAUACCACCCCCAAUGGCCACACAACGCAAACUUCAUUGCAAAGACUAGUGACAAAACCCCCCAAAACAACCAAUCCUUCCAAGAUCUCUAGCAUCGUAGCAGGCAAAGCACUCUCAAAUCGCAACCUGAGUCAAAUUGUGUCCUAUCAAACCAGGGUACCACCGCUGACACCUUGCCCAAUCCCUUGUUUUUGCAAAACUCAUCCUUCUGAUUUAGGCUUAAGUGUCAAUUGCCAAGAAAAAAACAUCCAAUCGAUGGCCGAGCUGAUGCCCAAACCCUUAAAUGCCAAGAAGCUGCACGUCAAUGGCAACCAGAUUAAAGAUGUGGACACCUCAGAUUUCACUGAAUUUGAAGGACUGGAUCUACUCCACUUGGGCAGCAAUCAGAUCACGGCAAUCAAGGGCGAGGUGUUCCGCAAUCUCACCAAUCUCCGGAGGCUCUAUCUCAAUGGCAAUCAACUAGAACGACUGUAUCCUGAGAUGUUUGCAGGUCUAUACAACCUGCAGUAUCUCUAUCUGGAAUACAACUGGAUCAUCGAAAUCUUAGCCGGCACCUUUGACUCAAUGCCCAAUUUGCAGUUGCUGUAUCUGAACAACAACCUCCUAAAGAGCUUGCCGGUUUACAUUUUUGCAGGGGCUCCUCUCGCCCGGCUGAACCUGCGGAACAACAAAUUCAUGUAUCUACCUGUGAGUGGGGUACUUGAUCAGCUCCAGUCCCUUACACAGAUAGACCUUGAGGGCAACCCAUGGGACUGCACUUGUGACUUGGUGGCCCUAAAGCUGUGGCUGGAAAAACUCAAAGAUGAUAUUGUAAUGAAAGAACUGAAAUGUGAAACACCUGUCCAGUUUGCCAGCAUUGAGCUAAAGUCCCUCAAAAAUGAAAUCCUGUGUCCAAAGCUGCUCAACAAGCCCUCUUCUCCCUUCACUAGCCCCAUACCUGCCAUUACCCUCACGACACCAAUGGGGCCCAUCCGAAGCCCUCCGGGAGGCCCAGUCCCUCUGUCCAUUUUAAUCUUGAGCAUUCUGGUGGUCUUAAUUUUAACCGUGUUUGUUGCUUUCUGCCUCCUAGUCUUUGUGCUCCGGCGCAAUAAGAAGCCAAUUGUGAAACACGAAGGCCUGGGGAACCCAGAAUGCAGCUCCAUGCAACUGCAGCUGAGGAAACAUGAGCACAAGACCAACAAGAAGGAUGGGCUUGCAGCGGAAGCCUUCAUUCCACAGACCAUCGAGCAGAUGAGCAAGAGUCACACAUGUGGCUUAAAAGAGUCUGAAGCAAGUUUCAUGUUCUCUGAGCCACCAGGACAGAAAGUCAUCCUGAGAAAUGCUCCUGAAAAGGACAAAGAUCUCGUCCAUGUGGAUACCAGGAAAAGACUGAGCACAAUUGAUGAGCUGGAUGAACUGUUCCCUGGCCGGGAUUCAAAUGUAUUCAUUCAGAAUUUUCUGGAAAGCAAAAAGGAGUACAACAGCAUCGGAGUCAGUGGCUUUGAGAUCCGCUAUCCAGAAAAGCAACAAGACAAGAAAAAUAAGAAAUCCCUAAUAGGAGAUAAGGUGGGAGUCAAACGGAUCAAGAUACUCAAACACCCAUUCAUCGAAGGUGUUUGCAAGAUACAGAGACUCUCUCCCUCUUGGCAAAGUACCAAUGGGAAAGCCAUUCUGCUUUGACCUGCCUCCAUUAUGUUGCCCUCUGCCACCUUCUAUAAUCAAUACAUUGAUCAAUCCAGUGACAAGGAAAGUAAACAGAUUUUCGUCAUGCUUUUCAAGUGGCACUUCUGAGAUGAUACUGUGGCAGAAGUUCUAACAACAAUCUUGGUGAUAAACUCUUCACAUCCAGGGCUUUCUGCAUUUGCUUUGGGAGGAUGUUUGGCAUACAACUUAGAUUUAAAUAUAUAUAUAUAUAUAUGUAUAUAUAUGCAUAUAUAUAAAAUCGGUUUUAAAAAUAUUUUAAAGGAGAGUGAAAAGAAAUCUCUCCUCAGUUUUCACAACUCCUUGCUGGUGGUGCUCUUAGAACUUUAAGGUGUGUGGUUUCCUUGACACAAAGUUUGUGAGAGAAAUUUAUACAGAUUUUCAAAAAGCCUGAAACAGCUACUGAAUCCUGAGAUUGAAAAUUGGCAUUAAGAUACAUGUGUGACAGACAGUGUUCAACUAAAAUGCCAUCUGAAAUUUUAUGAUGUCAUUACCAAACACAUAAGCAUCCGUGGAGUUAAGGAUUCCUAAAUGCAUAGAGCUCUCACAAGACAAAAAUGAACAAAAGCUGCAAGUGUUUUAUUGGAUCCUGCAAUCAGUGAAGUAAGGAUUGUGAAAUCUAAAGUGGACGCUUCUAUGAUGAACACUAAUGGUUUCAUCAGCGAUUUGGGGGUGCUAGGCCAUUGUGAUGAUACCUUUUAUCCAGUGUGGGCAGGCUAAAAGGUGGCCAGAAGAUCGGCAAUGAGAAGGCUUCCUGCCACAGUCUGAAGACUCUCUGUAACUAGCUAGCAUAUCGUCUGUAUCUUGGUCUCGUGUGAGAGAUUCAAAAACAAAAACAAAAAUGUUCAAUGUUAAAAAAAAGGAAAUUCUAGAAGCAUGGUUUUUUGGAGGUACUGACUAACUGAAUGGUGGUUAGAAGACUAGUAGUUAAGGCUGAGAUGCUAUCCUUAACCAAAUUCAUUGUGCCUACAUUAUAUAGUGUAUACUAUUUUGCACAGGUCCGUCCACAGUUCUUUUAGAAAAUUUUACAGUAUUGUACUUAGAUGUAAGUUUUGGGUUGAGUGCAAAAGCUGUCAAGAUACUAUAUCUCCAUAUUUUGUCGGUAUAAAUACAAACUUGAUGUUAGUUUAAUCCUUGGAGGGGUAGUGCAUAUAUUUUUGGUUCAACAUUUCUAGGAGAACUUGCAUUCGAAUGGAGAAAAUCCAAGAACCACACCUUGUCAGUGUGGCUGGACAAAUCAUGGCUUUCUUGGCUCUAUAAACAUUUGAAUGGAUUCUUUUAGAGCUGUUGUAAGGGAAAUGAGCUGGUAUAAGCAGUAAUGAAAGAGUUAUUACAAUAUAUUGUGUCCAUGUAUUCUCAAGUAAGUCUUAAAUUAUUUUUUUAUGAAAAUUAAUAAAGAUUAAUCGUUUCUUUGAAAGAGUACAUCUUUGUGUAAUUAUAUCAGAAAGCAGCUAUUCAAGUACAGUGGUUCAAGUACAGUGUAAACUGAUGUGUAGUCAAAAUUUAGCUUUUCUUGCUGAAUAUUAAACAGAAUAAAGAUAUUAAUCAGAAAAUCAUUUAAAGUCAGUUUCUUAGAUUUGUUUCCUUGUUUCCUUUUAUUUUUUCUUUUGUUUUAAAAGCCAUAAGGAUGCAUACGUUAUAAAGGGCAUGGCCUCAUGACUAAUGUUAACAGACAUCACAUCUAGAAAUUUAUGGUGGUGAUAUUAUUAAUCUAGCUUAUCUUUUGCAUGAUUUGUACAUUGCUAUUGUAUGAAAUGAGCACAGUGAGGUUCUUUUGUCAUUAUUGUUGUUGCAUCCAAAGAGCUGGGGGAGGAAAUAUAAAAAGAAUGUAUUUAUAAUCACUAUUUUGAAAUAAAGUAAAGAAACAAAUUGUAUUGUUUUUACCCUGCUUUGAUCAUUAAUAUUUUUAGAUUAAUUUGUAGUACAGAAUACAAUUAAUGCUAUUUGGUCACUGAAAAGAAAAUGUUUUAAUGACCUCUGUUUGCUUUCAGCAACAUCAAGGUAUUAGACAGAAUUUAUUAAAUGCCAUUUUGUAUGGGAAAUUAAUAAAAUUGUUUGGUACACUCAUUUUUAAAGCUAGAGUUUGUUAAAUCUAUUUAUCUUUCCACUCAUUAUCAGGAUAAAUCAAAAGGUAGUUAAAAAGAUUGCCAUUUCUCUGAGGUUUUAGAAUAAAGAUAUGUUGCUUCGGAUAAUGUAUUUAUUCAAUGUCAUUCUUAAACCUAUGUUAAGAAGUAUUUUGAUUUCAACCACAUUUUCAAUUUGCAUUCUCUCCAACCAGCAACCCCCUUGGAAAACUGUCAGAUGGGGUUAGGAGCAAUUGGUUUGCAUCUGGCAUUGUUGCUGAUUGGCAAAUAUUGUUAUUUGACAUAAAAAUGCAGUCAAAUACUGUAUCAUAGAGUUUAGCUGAGUUUAUAACAAGCCACCAGCUUGACUCUUUAUAGCCCAAUUACCCAGCCAUGGCAAUGUACUAUCUAUACAAUUUGCUUUUGAAAAGAUUAUCCAAAUAAUCAGUCCAUCAGUUUACUGUGGUUGUUAUGUAGGAGAGAAAAAGAACUGAUUCAAUCUCCGUUGAUCAGUGUCAUUUGAAACUGAAAAGGGAUGUGAACCAUCUGUAUUAAUCAAUAAAUGUUAAAUGAAUAUAUUUAUGUACAGGACAUUACCUGGUAGAAAACAAUGAAGAAAAAAGUGGUAAUCUGAUCUACACAACCACCAUAAAGGAAAAGGUCAUGCAAUUAUCACGAGUUCAGACAGCAUAGCCAGUCAAUUUGGGUAGGUUGGGACAGCAUGUCUCAGUUUAGUUUUUGUUGCUUUAUUUUUUUAAGCCACAAGCAGGUCAGUCACAGGCUUACAGGUUUCCCCUGCUCUUCCUGGUUUUCCUUAGGGAGUAAUUGCUGAGGUCUUUGUUUCCCAACUCUCCAGUUAAAUAGUUGAGAUGGGGGAGUGGGGAAGGCAGGGCUGCCCUAUUUUCAGGAAAGAUUAAGGCCACUGUGGUCUGACCAUCAUUUCUUUGACUUGCUUUACCUGGAUAACUGCACUACCUUCCAUUUCAAAUUGGCUGUGUAGAACAGAAUUAACUAGGUACUCUAUGGCUAGGUCUAUAUUUGUGAAAUGAAGUGGAGAAUUGAUGCAAGUGUGAACAUAAGUUAAAUCCCCAAAAUGCUCUUUCUUCCAUUAUAUCGGCAUUCGAGUUUUGUUUUGUUUGUUUUGAAAGAAACCUUUAAUUAUCUGGGUAAUAUUUUAGUUCUCCACUCUGCAGUACUUGUGUAGACCUAGUCUUCAGAGAAAACAUAUAAGUUAUGUGGAGUGUCUAGAAGGAUUGUUUUAUCUGUACAGAAUUGUACUUUAUCUAGGUUUCAAUGUCAUUUCUUUUUAAGUGUUACCAAUGCUUGUGUACACAAUAUGUUUGAACUACAUUGGAAAAUGUUGAUUUAACAAAAA